AUGGCGGCGGCGCUGGAGCAACUGAGCAGCAGCAAGAUGUUCGACGGCUUCAACCUCCGCUUCCGCCACCAGAGCGCCACCCUCGGCUGCGCCAUGACCUUCUCCAUCUACAUGCCCCCGUCCCCGGCGUCCAACAUACCCGUGCUGUACUGGCUCUCGGGCCUCACCUGCAACGACGAGAAUUUCAUCAUGAAGUCCGGCGCCCAGCGCGCCGCUGCCGCCCACGGCAUCGCCCUCGUCGUGCCUGACACCUCCCCACGUAUGUCGGGGUUAAAUAUUGAAGGAGAGUCAGACAGCUAUGAUUUUGGUGUUGGUGCCGGGUUUUAUUUGAACGCCACAAAUGAAAAGUGGAAAUAUUGGCGCAUGUAUGACUAUGUUGUGAAGGAACUUCCAAAAGUUUUAAGUGACAACUUUGAACAGCUUAACACUUCACAGGCAUCAAUUUUUGGGCACUCAAUGGGAGGGCAUGGUGCGCUGACAAUUUACUUGAAAAACACUGAUAAAUACAAGUCAGUAUCAGCAUUUGCUCCAAUUGCCAAUCCAAUAAACUGCCCAUGGGGUCAGAAAGCAUUCUCAAAUUACCUGGGCCCGACUAAAUCAGAUUGGGAGGAAUAUGACGCAACCUGCCUGAUUAAAAAGAACAGCAACGUUUCCACUCCUAUCCUAAUUGACCAGGGGGAUGCUGACAAGUUCCUGGCUGAGCAGCAGUUGCUACCUCACAACUUCGAGGAGGCGUGCAAGGCUGUAGGUGCUACUCUGAUCUUGCGCAUGCAGCCUGGAUAUGACCAUUCCUACUAUUUCGUGGCUACGUUCGUGGACGAUCACAUUGCGCACCAUGCUCAGUUUCUCAAGAGUGCCUGA